AGUUGUCACACGACAGCGCUACGAGAAAGACGCGUGCGGUUACACGCCGCUGUGUUCUCAACUAAACUUUACGCGACUUACAACUGCAGUGAACUGGAUCAAAAAUUUGAACUGAGAGUGUCAAGUUGCUAGUGUUCAAGUGUAGUGAUGAUAUUUGAAUGGAACAGCCACCUUUCACGUCUCCUGGACCAACGUUGAUGUCAGAGGGGAUGGAACGAGACCGGCUUGUCGAGGAGAUAGUACUCCUGGCACUAUUCUUAGUGUCAACCGCGGCGAAUUCCUUGGCCCUACUGGUCUUCUGUAGACGACCUGGCUUGAGGACAAUAUCCAAUCGGUUCGUUAUCAACUUGUUGGCGACCAAUUUGCUGACGACCUCCUUACUGGCGCCCGCGCUCUUCGGCGAGCACUCAGCUAAGGAGAACGUAGCUUCAUGGAUUGAGGCAGGCGACGCUGCUGCCUCAGCGUGCAGUCUGGCUGCACUACUGGCUGUCAUGUUGAUCGCGCUCGAUCAGCAUCACGCGGUCACCGAUCCGCUGCGCUGCCAUACCCGCCUUCUACAACGACGCCCCGCAGCUUUAUGUGCUGCAACUUGGCUAGCAGCCGCUGCCGCUGCAGCUAUUAGAGCGGCCAUUGCGGUUGUUCGCCAUUUCUACCCACUCGAGCCCAUCGUUCAAGGAGUCGAGUUCGCUUACUAUAUUGUGUACUUAAUUUUGGGAGUUAUCACGCCGGCGGCUAUCGUUUGCGUUAUGUAUGCAAGAAUUUACCGAGCGGCACGAUCUUCGGGACUUCGAGCUAGAGCGCACGGUGCGAGUGCUUUGCAACUACAUGAGCCACAUGCACACUUACCAGAAUUGGUCGAAGAGGGUGAAGGACUUACUCUGAGGAUUGAUGUGCCAGAUGCGUCAGAUAAUGUUCCGAUCGGAGAACCAGCCAAAUUCGGCCCAUUCCUUCUUCCACCUGAGCGUCCACUUCGUUGUCCUUCUGUCGCGAGUCUUCGUAAUGCGCGAAAAGAGGGCAAAUCUCACGAGGAUCUCAGGAAAGGAUUACCGGCUGUUAGCUCUGCCCCUUCUUUGGCCGCGCCUCUGCUCGCCGUGCAACCUCGUACGCCACAGCCAUCGCACAGUGGCUCUAGAAUUACGUCGAUAAGGUGCAGAAUUUCGAACGCUUCAUUGUUUAGAUAUAGGGAAGAAUCUCGUGCGGCCCGUGUUGGACUAUUGACGGGUGCGUUAGUGAUGUUACAUAUUCCGCAUGCUGCGACGGCUGUUAUAUCAGCCGCUGUGCCUGGACUGGCAGAGUGCGUGCGUACUCCAGCUUUGGCAUUGCUGCUAUUGGCGGCUGCUGUUUCUCCGUUCCUAUUUGCGUUACGUUCUCGCCGUGUACAGCGGGAAGCGCGACGUUUGCUUUUGCCAGAGAAAAAUGCGUGGGAGCGAGCGUCAGGCGCCGCAUCUGCAGCGGUGGCUGAUGGACAACGCGCGCGUGCCGCAUUGGAACUGUUGCGUACACUGUCGCCGGGUAGCGGUGCGGGUGAUGUGCCGGUAUCGGGAAACGGCUCAGAGGCUGCCGCCUGUAGGGGAUCAUUCAGUUCAGGCGGCAGCACGCAGCUGUCAUCGGCGUCAGACGAGUGACCGCCGCCCCCGCCCUGCGCGCAUUAUUCGCGCGCACCGCGGGUACAUUUCGGCCCGCGCCCCACCGCACUACUGAUCUGUGAUACUAGGCUUAACCGCUCCUGUCUCGGAGCGACCGUUAGACUGAUUUAGUUUUAAGUUAAUUUAUUAUGUGUCCAUGUACCUUUCCGCUGAGCGGACAAUUUUAUUACCUGACAUAGUUUAUGAAUGUAUGAAAAUAUUAAAAUUCGUAUCGAAGUGAAAUUUUAGU